AGCCACGUCAUGUAAAGUUAGCAGUGGAGUCCUGACACGAGAACAGAGAAAGCAGCGAGGGGUCGCGGCGCGUUCGCGAUAUCAGCGCAAUUCUAAAGAGCAGCGAUAUUUUCACGUUUAUAAGUCGGCGGUGAUCGUAUGGAAAGAUGUCGGAUGUCGGGGACUGGUUCAGAAGCAUCCCUCUCAUCACCCGGUCCUGGUUCGCUGCUUCCAUCGCGGUUCCCUUGAUUGGAAAACUGGGACUGAUUGAUUUCAGGAACCUCAUGCUGUUCCCAGAGCUGGUCCUCACUAGAUUUCACCUCUGGAGGCCAGUGACCGCCACCUUGUUCUUCCCAAUAACCCCCAACACCGGCUUCCUGUACCUGGUCAACCUGUACUUCCUCUACCACUACUCCAGUCGGUUAGAGACAGGGGCGUUCGAUGGCCGACCGGCGGACUACAUCUUCAUGCUCUUCUUCAACUGGAUCUGCAUCGUCAUAACUGGGAUGCUGAUGGACAUGCGGCUGCUGAUGAUCCCCCUCAUCAUGUCGGUGCUCUACAUCUGGGCUCAGUUCAACAAAGACACCAUCGUGUCCUUCUGGUUCGGAACGAGGUUCAAGGCUCAUUAUCUACCGUGGGUCAUUCUGGUUUUCAACUUCAUCAUCGGAGGCUCGUUUGUGAAUGAACUGACGGGGAACCUGGUGGGUCACCUCUACUUCUUCCUCAUGUACAAGUACCCCGUGGACCUGGGAGGACGCAGCUUCCUCUCCACACCGGAGUUCCUAUAUCGGUUCUUCCCCAACAGGAGGGGAGGAGUGUCCGGCUUCGGAGUCCCCCCCACCAGACCAGCUGCCCAGGAGCCGCAGGGGGGAGGGGGUGAUGGAAGAGGAGGAGGAAGAGGAGGACGUCACACCUGGGGCGAAGGCUUCCGUCUGGGGGGUGAAUGAGCAGAGAGAGAGAGAGAGAUAGAGAGAGCUCCACUGGCUGACUGACUGAUGACUGACUGACUCAUGACUGACGACUGACUGAAUGUGAAGCCGACGGAAGGAAAUAUAAAUAAAUAUGUUUUGAAGAUGCUUGAGCUUCCUUCCCGUUCCCUUUCCCCACAACAUUGAUCUCAACCCCCUUCAGCUGGACGACGAGAUGCUGCAGCUGCACACAAGCUCUCGUUCUCUCUUGUUCUCAUUCUUUCUGUCAUUCCCUCUCUAGCUCUUGUUCUCUCUCUAUUCACUCUCUCUCCCUUAUUCGCUCUCUUGUUCGUUCUCUCUCCAUCUCUCUCUCUCUCCAUAUCACAUGACAUUGCAGCUGAACAUGGGAGUUAUUUAGAGCUCCGUCUUCAGCUCAGAUUUUUUUCCUACAUGGUGUAAAAUGUUUUCAGCUUGUCUUCAGAUCUCGACCAAAAGGAGAAGAUGAGACUUUCUGCUCUUUUUCUCUGUAAAUACAAGUUGUUUAUUGAAACGGU